GGGGGAGGGCAGUGGGCAGGGCCUGGCCCUGUGCCCAGCUCGGCGCUGCCCGCAGGCAGGGCGAAGGCGCGGAGCAGUUUCCAGCAGGAUGGACAUCAACAAAAGCUUCCCAGCCAUCAGGUGCCACAGGGACCUCCACAUAUGGAUCACUGAGGACCUGAAGAUGGUGCCGGUACCCGAGAGGGCUUACGGGAACUUCUUUGAGGCACACUGCUACGUCAUCCUCCACGUCCCCCAGAACCCGAAGGCCACACAGGGGGUGUCCAGCGACCUCCACUAUUGGGUCGGAAAAGCAGCCAGCACAGAGGCAGAGGUUGCCGCGGGAGCCUUUGUGCAGCACCUGGAAGAGGGGCUGGGCAGCUGGACUGUGCAGCACCGCGAGGCACAGGGCCGCGAGUCCGACUGUUUCCUCAGCUACUUCCGCCAGGGAAUCAUCUACAGGAAGGGAGGCCUAGCCUCUGACCUCAAGCAUGUGGAGACCAACAUGUACAGCAUCCAGCGACUGCUACACAUCAAAGCAAGGAAGCAUGUGUCUGCCACCGAGGUGGAACUCUCCUGGAAAAGCUUUAAUAAGAGCGACAUCUUCCUGCUGGACCUAGGCAAGGUGAUGAUCCAGUGGAAUGGGCCCAAGGCCAGCAUUUCUGAGAAGGCACGGGGGCUGGCCCUGACCUGCAGCCUCUGGGACAGGGAGCGUGGUGGUCGUGCACAGGUUGGUGUGGUGGACAAGGAGGUCCAGGCCACUGACCUCAUGCAGAUCAUGGAUGCCAUUUUGGGCAUCAGAGUGGGCAACCUGCAGGCUGCUGUGCCCUACCCGUGUAUUACCCAGCUGCAGAAGGCCAAUGUUCGCCUCUACCAUAUCUACGAGAAGGGCAAGGACCUGGUGGUCCAGGAGUUGGCGACACCCCCACUGACCCAGGACCUCCUGCAGAAAGAGUUCUGCCACAUCCUGGACCAGGGUGGCUUCAAGAUCUAUGUGUGGCAGGGACGCAUGUCCAGCCUCCAGGAGAAAAAGGCUGCCUUCAGCUGGGCUAUGAGCUUCAUGCAGGCCAAGGGCUACCCGAUCGACACCAGCGUGGAGGUGGUGAACGACGGCGCCGAGCCGGUCGCCUUCAAGCAGCUCUUCCGGACGUGGACUCAGGGGCAGGACAAGAAUAGGAAAUCCCGCGGGAAGGGUAAACUGAUGCAGGUGAAGUUGAAUGUGGCCAAGCUGCACAACCAGCCUGAGCUAGCGGCCCAGCUCAGGAUGGUGGACGACGGCUGCGGGAAGGUGGAGGUGUGGUGCAUCCAGGACUUAAGCAGGCAGCCUGUGGACCCCAAGCAUCACACACAGUUGUGCUCAGGCAACUGCUACCUUGUCCUGUACACGUACCAGAAGCUCGGUCAUGUCCAGUACCUCCUAUACUUGUGGCAGGGCCACCAGGCCACUCCAGACAAGAUCAAGGCCCUGAACAGCCACGCCAAGGAGCUGGACCUCAUGUACCACGGAGCCCUGGUGCAGGCACAUGUGCACAUGGGCAACGAACCCCCCCACUUCCUCACCAUCUUCCAGGGCCAGCUGGUGGUCUUCCAGGGGGGCCCUGGGCCUGAUGGGGAGGGGCAGCCAGCCACAAGGCUCUUCCAUGUGCAAGGCACCGACAGCCACAACACCAGGACCACAGAGGUGCCAGCUCGCGCCCCGUCCCUCAACUCCAGUGACGUCUUCUUGCUGAUCACAGGCAGCAACUGCUACCUCUGGUUUGGAAAGGGCUGCAGCGGCGACCAGCGUGAGACAGCGCGGAUGGUGACCACGGCCAUCUCCAGGAAGAACAAGGAAACAGUGCUGGAGGGCCAGGAGCCUCUCUGCUUCUGGGAGGCCCUGGGGGGCCGGGCUCCCUACCCCAGCAACAAGAGGCUCCCCGAGGAGGGCUCCAGUUUCCAGCCACGACUGUUUGAGUGCUCCAGCCAGGUGGGCUGCCUGGUCCUCACAGAAAUGGUGUUCUUCAGCCAAGAGGACUUGGACAAGUAUGACAUCAUGCUGUUGGACACCUGGGAGGAGAUCUUCCUGUGGCUCGGGGAAGCUGCCGAGUGGAAGGAGGAGGCACUGGCCUGGGGCCGGGAGUACCUGAGGACCCACCCGGUGGGGAGGAACCCAGCUACACCCAUCAUGCUGAUCAAGCAAGGCCACGAGCCUCCCACCUUCACUGGAUGGUUCCAGGCCUGGGACCCCUACAAGUGGACUAACAGCCAGUCCUAUUCAGAGGAGGUGGAGGGCAGCAUGGGUGAAGUGUCUGCCAUUUCCAGGAUAACAGCGGAAGUCAACAACUUCCAGCUGUCCCACUGGCUGGACGAUGGCAGGACAGGCCCCUUGGCCUUGCAGGCCCUCAAGGGCUCCCAGGACAGCUCAGAGAACGAGCUGGAACUGGGCCCUAAGGUGGGCGGCAGCAGCACCAGCACCAGCACCAGCAGCAGCACCAGCACCAGCACCAGCAGCUACUACAGCAGCACCAGCUUGGUGGUCAGUGGCAGCCUGCCCCGGGAACAGCUGAUGCACCAGGCUGCAGAGGACCUGCCAGAGGGCGUGGACCCAGCCCGCAAGGAGUUCUAUCUCUCAGACUCUGAUUUCCAAGAUAUCUUUGGGAAAUCCAAGGAGAAAUUUUACAGCAUGGCCAAGUGGAAGCAGCAGCAGGAGAAAAAGCAGCUUGGCUUCUUCUGAAGCCAGGCCCCUCCCCUGCCAGUGUCACCGACACAGCCAAGACCACUGCAAGAAUCUACACAGACCCAAACCCCUGGGGAGACCCUGCUCACAACCCCCCCACCAAGAGGCUUCUGGGUCAACCCCCCCGCCUUUUUCAAUAAAAGCUUGUGGUACACAC